AUGGCAAUAUUAACCGCUAGAGUACGAUACAGGAAAAACGUGUUUGCCAACGAAGAGGAUGCCCGAAGAACUAAGGGAAUUGUGAAAUACGACGAUCCAGAUGUCGAAAGAGUUAGACGAGCUCACCUAAAUGAUCUGGAAAGUAUUCCCGUGUUUUUGGUGCUAGGUGCAUUGUAUUUAACCACCGGCCCGUCGGCUGCAUGGGCAACUCUUUUGUUCAGACUGUAUACAGCCAGUCGUGUUUUGCACACAAUUGUAUACGCUGUGAAGCCCCUUCCUCAACCAGUGCGUGGUAUCACAUUUGAUAUUCCAUAUCUAAUCAACUGGUAUAUGGGAGUUAAAAUUAUUUUACACUUUAUUAGCGCUCUG